AUGGCUGCAACACCGGAAAUAAAGAUGGACACCCUUCCAGAUGAACUCCUCUUCGAGAUAAUCAACCAGCUCUUCGUCGAGGACAUUCAAGACGUUUGGAAUAUUAGUCUUACUAACAGACGUUUGCAUCGGAUUGCCAAAGAGCUCUUAUAUAGCUCUUACUCCCUUGACAGAAACGACCCAGGGCUGUUCAUCCGUGCGCUUGCGUCAUCUCCGAAUCUUGAGCGAUGCGUCCAGCGGGUUACAUGGGCGUCCAAGGACUAUGCUUUCAAGUUCCCGGAAGUGCUCACGGCUGUUGAACUUGGGUAUAUCACCGAAAGAGUAGGGCUUGGCAAAGUAGGAGAAAGAGAAAUCGCGAGUGAAAAAAAGAUAAGGAAGCUGAAUGCGUGGCUUGCGGAUCGCGGGAAGGAAGAGCACAUCAACACGUUUAUGUUGUUUACACCGAAAGUCAAAGAAGUCGUUAUCCUAGUACCUCUGACCUGGGACCUCAAGGCUGUGUGGUUCAAGCCAGCAUUGGACUCUCAGAUUUUCUCCAAUCUGCAACAAGCAAACAUCAACGGCGAGAUACGUGUUGGAAAUGUUCUUGCGUUGUUCUUGUUGCCGUCAAUGAGAACUCUUGUCUUAUCCCAUCUAACGAUAAAUCGCAAUUCGCAUGGAAUGGAGUCACUUCGCGAAUGGGAAGCUGACAAUGCUCUUUGGAAACGACUGCAAAGAGAAGGUUCAAGCCUCGAGAAUUUAAUCCUGCCUGCUGUUGGCACCGACACGCUAGAUCUUACCCGAGUGCUAGAAUCGUUCCGAGGUCUCAAAAAGUUCAAAAUCGCCUUCCGUGGACACGGUCUUGGAAAAGAUGACGUGAACGUACGAACGCUUUUACACGCGAUUGCACAUCAUCACGGGUCACUCACAUCGCUCAACAUCGAUGACCACCGCCUAGAAGAAGAUCCAGACGCACUUGAAGAAUUGAGUGUCUUGGAACAUCUGGACUGCCUCCAGAUGCUCACGCCGGUCUUUUAUGGGGGCUCGCGCUUCGAUUCCACACAAGAAGUUCUCGCUGAGUCGCUACCAAAAAGAUUCAAGAAUCUACCCAGACAUCUCAAGCAUCUCCGCAUCUCAGCGAUUGAGGAUUAUUACGACCUGAGUGAACCCCUCCUGGACGUCUUACUCACAAUGGCCCCCACGAUUGAUACCCUACUUCCCGACCUAGAAAAGAUCACAAUCUUCGGCUGGCAUCCACAACUAGGCAUCUUCCCGUGCCAGACGCGUCUCGCGGCUUUACAGUCUGGAUUUGCCAAAGCUGGUGUCGAGCUUGUGACAAUACAUGACAUGGAUGGGCCUGCUGAUCGAUGGUAUGAGGAGAGCCGUGUUGCUAUCUCGACCAAUAUUGAAGAAGGCUGGGCUUCACCCAAGCUUGGUAUCUUCAUGUGUCUCUCCUGCUCUGGCGUGCACCGCGGUCUCGGUGUUCACAUCUCCUUCAUCCGCAGCAUUACCAUGGACGCUUUCAAGGGUUCAGAACUUGUGCGCAUGGCCGCCGGCGGCAACAAGCCCUUCCAGGAUUUCUUCAAUACACAUCCGUCCAACACGAAAGACGGACGGACAUUUGAGGCCUCGUCUAUAGCAGAGCGAUACGACUCAGAGGCGGGCGACGAGUGGAAAGAGAGGCUCAGCUGUAAAGUUGAGGACAGGGAGUUUGAUAAGAGUAACCUGCCCAAGCGGUUACCUAAGAAGGACAAUGUACCUGCAGCUGGCAUGGGUGCGCCGUUGAGCGGACGAGCCAGCGCGGCAGGAAGCAGAAGCCAGACGCCUCUGGGAAAGACACGAAGCAACGAACCAGGUUUCCAACGGUCUGGCUCGCCCGCGCUCGGUACCAACGCCAUGUCAUCUCAGAAGGUCAAAAACGAAGCCUACUUCGCCAAGAUGGGACAGGAGAACGCCAACAGACCAGACGGCGUUGCGCCGAAUCAGGGAGGCAAAUACGGUGGCUUUGGCAGCGAACCAGAUGCCUGGAAGAAGGACGACGAGCCUGGUGCCCCACCUGCGCUUGAUGACUUCCAGAAAGACCCUGUUGCUGCGCUUACCAAGGGCUUUGGAUGGUUGGGCGCAAGCGUGAGUAAGGUGGGCAAGACGGGUUAUGAAGGCUGGGUGAAACCCGGUAUGGCAAAGCUCGCCGAAGCAGACCUCGCAACCCAAGCCCGCACAACCGCCGGCACCCUCGGCCAAACCCUCCAAUCUGGCGUCGCAAACGCCAACACGCAAUUCACUCGCUUUGUCGAAGGCGACUCCUCGACGCAUUCCUCCGCUGCCACAUCUGGCCAGCGCGAACCCGAGCGCAAAGACUUCUGGGAGAGCUUCGGCGCGGCGCCCAAGGGUCCGGCGAAGGAUAAGCAGGAUUUCUGGGAUGAAUUCGCUAGUGCGGGUGAGACCAGGACAGGCGGGGCAAUGGCGCCGAAGAAACCCAGCGGCAUUGGUACAAGUGCUAUGAAGAAGGGGGGCGCUGGAGGUGGUAUGGGAGGUGGUGCGAAGAAGGAUGAUGAGUGGGGGGAGUGGUAG